UCGCUACCAUUAGAUGGUCACCUGAAUUGAUCCGGACCGUUGGUAAUCCGUCUUGGAGAUAAAAUCUCCAGUGUGAUUGUAAACAGGGAGGGAAGGGGGAGAGUCGGGCCCCGGAGAGGGAAAACCAACUAGGGCUUUAAAGUUUCAAGUUUACAGAUACACAUACUUAGACACACUCUUUAUCAGAAACAGGAACUCGCAAUUUUACUCUCUCCAAUUCACUCACUCUUCACUUCUUUCCUCUCUCUCUUUUACUGUUUUCAAAGGAGGUAAAAAAGGAUAUGUCUUCUGAUACUGCAAAAGAAAAUGCAUCUGUAGUUGACUCCUCAGUAACUGAAUGGAAACAUGACAUGGGUAAUUUUGAUGAUCCAGAGAGCCCAAUCUACGAAGGUGAUGAGGAUAGUUAUCCUAAUAGGGCUGAAAAAGCAGGUUAUGAUCAAGUGGGAAAUUCAUCCUUAAACAAAAGGGGUAGAUUGUAUAAUACAAGAUAUUUCAUCAUUAAGAGCUUGAACCAUCAUAAUAUUCAACUAUCAGUUGAGAAAGGAAUAUGGGCUACUCAAGUCAUGAAUGAACCAAUUUUGGAAGAGGCCUUUCAUAAUUCUGGUAAAGUCAUACUAAUAUUUAGUGUCAACAUGAGUGGUUUCUUCCAAGGUUAUGCCCAAAUGAUGUCUUCUGUUGGAUGGAGGCGUGACAACAUCUGGAGCCAAGGAUGUGGUAAAAGUAAUCCUUGGGGCCGCAGCUUUAAGGUUAAAUGGCUGCAGUUAAAUGACUUGCCUUUCCAAAAGACACUUCAUCUCAAGAAUCCACUGAAUGACUACAAACCUGUUAAAAUUAGUAGAGACUGCCAGGAAUUACCGGAAGAUGUAGGAGAAGCUCUUUGUGAGCUAAUUGAUGGGGAGAGUGAUAGUGAUGGCAUGCUGAAAAGGGAUGACCUUUCUCUCAAAAGGCCUUUUAUAGCGCCUUCAUGUUCACUAGGAGAUGAAGGAUAUAAUAUCCAUUCACUACACAUGCCAUGGGUUAGGACUUCCAUGCCUUAUAGUACAUGUCUCUACCAACAUGGUGCUGAAGCAAGUAGAUUUCAUUUGGCUCAUCAGGGACCUAGUGGUGUUAAUUUGCCUCUUGCAUCUAGUGCAUCAAAAAUGUCAAGGAUGAAACAAUCUCAACUGAAUGGAAGUCUUGCAAAUUUGCAAGUACAGUGUGAUGUGCGUUCUCGAAAUGAUGCUUGGGCUUUGUCAGCAGAAAGUCCUCUGGCUAGUACUCUGACUGAGGAUGAUUUUCUUGAAAUGACAUAUGAAGAGUACCUGGAAGUGCAUAGCAGAAGUGUCAAACAAUUGAAUCUCCCUGUAGUUGGAUCAUCUCGGGCAACACUGGAGCCAUCAAGAAGACAUGAUGAUGAUUCAAACUCAAGCUUUGUAACUGAAAAGUGUCCCUCACGGAAGAGGACACAUCAUUCAUCCGAUAAAUGAUCAAAUACCUCACACAAGCAGCUAGUGUUGGCCCUUUUGCUGAUGAUAAUACGAUUUUCUGGUGGGAGGUUUUCGAAUUUGCCAUUCAAGGCAACCGCUCGACUGUUCUAAUCCCAGAAACUGGGAAUCAUUAUAUUUUUGUGUUAUACACUUUCAUGUACCGGCAAUUGAUGAUUCGAUUGCAUAGUAGGUUUUACUAGGGUAUGUUACCAAUCUGUACAGAAAUUAAAUUUGCAACAUGCCCCCUGUUGUCAGUUUUCUUCACCCACAAUCUCCCUCCUCCACACACCACAAACCCACCCCUCCUCCCGGCAUUUUCUAGAGGGUGAAAUUAGGUAGCACUGAGCUAGAUUUAGAUGACUAAAAUGCGAAGAUUUUGGAACGGGCUCAACAUCAUCUACUGAUUUAAGGAUGGCAGAGCAUGAUGUAAAAUUUGUAACUUGAUCUUCUCAGAUGCUUUGAGUUGGAACUAACAGCGGUGAAUAAUAGAUGCGUUUAUGGAAGUAUAAACAAAGGAUGGUUCAUAUUU